UACAAUUUCUAAGUGCGGGUGUAUCAUCAUAAGCAGCCAGAGUAUCAAAUAACUCUGCUUUUCCUUCAGCUUCUUUCCUUGAGAGCUCUGAGAGGUCAGAGCUCGACGAAGCUCUUGUAGAAGCUGCAGCCACAGGGAUUCUUCAUCGCUACCACUCAUUCAGUAUAAAAAAGAAAAAUCGAAACUUGUAAGUUUUCAUCUAAGCCCUUCAUUUCCCACUCUCUCUCUCUCUCUCUCUCUCUCUCUCUCUCUCUCUCUCUCUCUCUCUCUUCAGCAAAAAAAUAAAAAAUAACAAAGGAAGAAGAAGAAAAUGUUCCAUUUCCUUUAUUACAAAAAACUCCUACAAAUCAACAUACAAACACUCCAAAUCCAAUCCCUACAAAACCCAUUUCUAAAAUCCUAUUGCCAAACAAACCCACCUUCUUCUCUCUUGCAAUACCUCCAAAAAUCACUUGGGUUCUCUCCAGAAGAGGCUCUAACAGCCUCCAAACGUCUCAAACAUAAGACCCCGAAAAACCCAGAUGCUGUCCUCACAUUCCUUAAAUCACAGGGAUUCUCAAAAACCCACAUCAAAUCCAUCAUCAAUAGAAUACCACAACUUCUCUCGGCCAUGCCCGAGUCCAGCUUAAGGCCCAAGAUCCAAUUCUUCAAAGAGAAGGGCCUUUCCGAAUCUGAUGUGGUGGGCCUCAUCGUUGCGAAACCCAACAUCUUGACCGCCAGCCUUGAAAAGCGUUUAAAACCGUUCUUCUAUUUCCUCCACAGCCUUUUGGGUGCGGACAGAGUCGUGAUCGAUUCACUCAAGCAGCCGCGGUUCGGAUUUGAUCAGUACAAAAUGGUGUCCAAUUUGACCAUUUUGCAGAACUGCGGCGUCCCAAAUCAUCACGUUUUGAAAUUUCUUGUGAAAGAACCGGCAGUGUUGGCUGCAGACUCCGCUCGGUUUAAUGAGGCUGUGAAGAUGGUUCAGGAAAUGGGGUUCGAUUCAUCAACCCGUUUGUUCAUGGAAGCAGUCCGUGUGAUUCUGAAACUGAGCCGUCCGGUGUGGGACAUGAAAUUCAAGGUCUAUAGGAGUUUCGGAUGGUCAGAUAAGGAGAUAUUGUCAGCUUUCCGUAGGCAUCCGAUCUGCAUUAUGCUAUCGGAGGAGAAGAUUAGGAGGGGGUUGGAUUUCUUUAUGAAGGAGUUGGAUUGGAGUCCUUCUUACAGUGCAUCCUACGCGGCCCUUCUCCUCCUUAACUUGGAGAAGAGGAUCUUGCCCAGGCAUAGGCUUCUGCAGUUUUUGGCAUCGAAGGGCCUGAUUAGGAAGUAUAAGAAGUUAGGAUGGAGUUUUGUGAUGGGUGAGGAGAAGUUCAUGGAGAAGUACGUGAUGAAGUACCGGACAGAGGUUCCAGAGAUAUUGGAGAUUUAUGAGGGCAUGAUCGGGUCAAAGGGACUCGAUAUCAAGGAUGGAUGAGAGUGUGAAGUGUUGGUACGUGUGUGUAUGCAUGUGGCCAAUGUGACCUUUAGAUAGUCUCCUGGUUUUUCCUCCACAUUGCAAUGUUGUUGCACAAGAUAAGAUACAAGUGUGAAAUUUUGAAAUGAAAUCGUCAAAAUAUGAGGGUGGUUUCUCUUGGUGUGAUCUGCAAAAUCCAAAUGUUAGAUGGCAAUAUGUACCAGCCUUUGGAAGCAAGAAAACACGCGAAAAAAUUUCAUCAAAAUGUUUUACUCCUGUUCAUCGAUAAUCUGAUUUGUCGCCGGCAAUCCUUAGCCUAACGGCAUCUCCCUUUAUCUCCAAGACAAUUUGUCAAAAAUGUGUUUGCACUCAACUGAAGUUUUUCAUGAGUUCUAAAACUCUGUGACUCAACUUGAAACGCAGCGGAGUCAACUCAAUGAGAUUUCAAGCUGAAUCACCAUGAAACUGGCUGGCGAGCUCACAUUCGAUAGUCCCUCGCUGGGUGAUUCCUUCUCAGCGUAAAAUGUAAAGGGCAAAAUGUGAGUUGUUUCCAGAAGAACAUCUGUGGUCUCUUCUAUGAGGAAAUUCGAGGGCUUUGGGAUGAUCUGAUCCGUCAAAUGACAAUUGGGCCAAUCUAGUACUAUUCCUUCGUCGUGCAUUUUGCAGACAGGAACAUUUAGUGUGAACUGAUCUGUUAAAUAUGGAUGGUCAGAUUGAGCAUUUGGGCUUAUGGUAUCUCCUUCAAAGGGCCUCACUGUAGAAAAAAGCAUCUAGCCAUUUAUAUAUAGCAUAAUACAAGUGUGGUCCACUUGAUGAGUGGAUGUGUCUGAUUUCUGCA